CUACUUGUUUUCAGCCCAAACGGCUCCAAGAACUAAAAGGGUUUGCUGCCUUCGCUAUGGCACAGCGAGCGGCGUGGGUGCCAGACGAGGAGGUCAGUGAGUGUCCUUUGUGCACUCAACAGUUUUCCCGAGCCAAGAGGAAGCAUCACUGCCGGGCUUGUGGCCGUGUGGUGUGUGGCAGCUGUAGUGGCAGCAAGCUCUUCCUCUCCAGCUAUGGCAAGGAGGAGCGCGUUUGUGACAGCUGCUUUGACUUGCUGCAGCACGACAAGGGGCGGCCAGUCAACGAGCAAUUCGUGGAGCAAAAGCAGAUCGAGGCUUCCCUCAAGGCGGACUUGAGAGAAAAGCAACAGCAAGAAGAGUGGUUCCGAAGCUUUCUAGCCCAGGUGGCUGCUGCGAAUGGGAAUGCUCACGCUCGCGCCGUCGAGGAGCUGCCACAGCUGAUCGCCAACGGCCAGCGGCGUUGGCGGGAGACCUGUCAGCAGCUCCAAAAGGAUGGAGAAGAGCUGGAGCAGUUGCAGGAGAAGGGCAAUCAGUUGGAGCUGCAGGGGCGUGCUCGGGCGAGCUCCUUGCAAGAGCUGCAGCGGACAGUGCAGCACAUGCAGAAGGACCUGAAGGUGAAGCAAAAGCGCUUCGCGUGGCCGGAGGGCCCAGCCCUGCAGAGUCAAUGCGACGAGCUACAACGAAGUACCAUCCUUUUGCAGCAGGAGCUUUCAGGGCUCCAGCAACGACGUGCGGCCCUCGAGGACCUCCAAGAGCGCUCGGAAGGGAGCAGGUCCUUUGUGGGCUCCUUUGUGUCCAUGUCAACCAAUGGAUCGAGCCGCAUGGAACAGUGCCAGCGGAGCUGCCAAGUGAUGUGAACCGAGCCCAACGGUGCAGUGGCGCCGCUGGUGGUUCGGAAGGUCCGAACGCUCGACGUUCGGAAGGUCCGAACGACGCCAGCUGGCGGCGGAUCGUUUCGCUGCGACAUGGAUGUACACGGAUCAUUCUUGGGGUUUGAUUCACCUGGAGGUAGA